AUGGCUUCUUUAGCAAUGGCGCAACCCGGUGGUGCCGGCUGGACAACCACCAUCGACUUUGUCCACCAACAGCAAUACAACACCAAAUCUUUGCAUGGCAUCAAACGUUCUCAUAACGAAAUGCGUGCAAUUUCACCUAACAACCACAACGGUGCAUUUCAGGAUAUCAUCCCUGCUCAAGAAGUCUUCAAGCGCCAACGGCUGCAUGCAGGUGGCAAGAACCGCAUUGAAGCUAGCAGGAUAUGCAGUGUUACUAGCGGCCCAGACAUUUUGAACAACGAACAACCCUCAAGGCAGAUAUCGGCAUCCACCCCAGGACCAUCACAGAGUCCGCUGCUUCUGUUGUCUCAUCCACGCUACUGUCUCCCAGAAAGAUUGGUCAGCAAUUUUGCUUCGUUGGGAAUCAAUAGCAUCUACCCGUGGCAAUCGUCCUGUCUUUUGGGACGUGGACUGUUAAAUGGCGAGAAGAACCUGGUUUACACCGCUCCAACCGGUGGCGGAAAGUCUCUUGUGGCUGAUGUGCUCAUGUUGAAAAGAGUAAUUGAAGAUCCCACCAAGAAAGCCAUCUUGGUGCUUCCGUAUGUGGCUUUGGUGCAGGAGAAGCUCAAAUGGCUCAGGAAGAUUGUCGACGGUGUGGAAAAAAAGAGUGUCAGCUUCGGAAGCCAGACCAGCACGCAGCUUCCUGCAUGGCGCAGACCCCACAAUAGCUCAGUGCGCGUCGUGGGUUUUUUUGGAGGAAGCAAAGCACGAGCUUCAUGGUCCGACGUCGAUGUGGCCGUUUGCACUAUCGAAAAGGCAAAUGCGCUCGUCAAUACGGCCAUUGAAGAGUGCACUAUCAAUGAUCUAGGAGUUGUUGUUUUGGAUGAGCUUCACAUGAUUAACGAUGAUCAUCGAGGCUAUCUAAUGGAGCUAGUAGCCAGCAAGCUCCUGAGCUUGGAGCGGUCAGUGCAGAUAGUGGGAAUGAGUGCGACUUUAACGAAUGUAGAAGUUUUGGCAAAUUGGCUAGACGCGAAGUAUUACAGCACGAAGUAUGUACCUGUCCCUAUUGAGGAAUACUUGGUCUACGACCGCUCUAUCUACCCUGUCUCAACUUCCAAUGCGUUUUUGAAGACUGCCAGCCAACUCAAUUCGACUCAGCCUUUUCCGGUUGUCUCUCCUUCACGAAUGAUUCAAAUAUCUGAGCAUAACGAGCUCAAGAACCCGUUAACUAACGCUGUCGUUUCUUUGGCCGUUGAGACUGCAAAGGCUGGCUAUGGUGCCUUGAUCUUUUGCAGUGGCCGCCAGGGAUGUCAGUCGACUGCUUCCUUGGUCAGUGAAGCGAUGCCUAUCCUUUCCGAUGUGGACGAGAAGAUGCUGGAUCGAAGGAAAGACGUAAUCAGUGAACUUCGAAGCCUACCAGUAGGUCUCGACGAUACGUUGGACAAGACUGUGAUGAAAGGAGUCGCUUUCCAUCAUGCCGGCCUCACUGUCGAGGAGCGAGACAUAGUUGCCGAAGCCUACGAUAAGGGCGUCAUCAGCGUCAUCGUAGCCACAUGCAGCCUUGCGGCAGGCAUCAAUCUGCCAGCGAGAAGAGUCAUACUCCAAGGAGCCAGGAUGGGCCGGGACCUCAUCGGGCCAGCCAUGCUCAGGCAAAUGAGAGGUCGAGCUGGUCGCAAAGGCAAAGAUGAGAUUGGCGAAAGCUAUCUCUGUUGCCAGAAGGCUGAUCUUGAAGAGGUAGCGCAGCUACUCGAGGCCGACCUUCCCAUGGUGGAGAGUAGUCUGACGCCCGAAAAGCGUGGCAUUAAGAGGGCCCUCUUGGAAGUCAUAACAGUUCGGCUCGCCACGCAUACUGGCGCCAUCCAGGAGUAUGUUCCGAAGACUUUGCUCUAUCACACCAUGGAUCGAGUAUUGUUAGACACCAUGGUGUCGAAAACACUAGAAGAGCUCAUAGAAGAUGGACUUGUUACUAUGGACAAUUUCGGUAGCUACGAAGCUACUCUCCUGAGUCAAGCUACAGUCGCUUCGUGCCUGACUCCCGAAGAUGGCAUCUUUUUACAUGGCGAGCUUCGUCGGGCUCUCCGAGCCUUCGUUAUGGAUGGAGAAAUGCACAUUUUCUACACCUUCACACCACUUUACAGCUCCCAGACAGACAUCAACUGGCCCAUCUUCCGUCGAGAAAUGGAAAACCUGGAUGAGAGCGGCGUUCGAGUUCUCGAAUUUGUAGGCGUCAAUCCAGGCCUGGUCAACCGAAUGGCAAACAGCGCGAAAUCCCUCCCCGAAACCACGCCCUCAGAAAUCCACGCCGCCCGAAUCUACCGCCGCUUCUACGCCGCCCUUCAGCUCCGCGACCUCUGCAACGAAACACCCAUCCACCUCGUCGCUCGCAAAUUCGAAGUUCCCCGCGGGUUUGUGCAGACUCUCGCCCAAAUCUGCGAAGGUUUCGCAGCGGGCAUGAUCAAAUUCUGCGACAGAAUGGGCUGGGGAAUGCUCAAAGCCGCUCUCGAGCACAUGAUCGACCGCCUGAAAGCCGGGGCGAAAGCUGAUUUGUUAGACUUGGCGAAGAUUCCGUUCGUGAAGAGUAGGACCGCGAGGGUAUUUUGGGAGAAUGGGUACAAGGGUCUGAGGACCAUGGCGGAGGCUGAGGCGAAGGAUUUGGUGCCGAUAUUGCUGCUGGCGCAGCCGAAGAAGUCGCGGUUGGAUGCAGGUGAGGAGGCCAAGUAUCAUCAGAAGUUGCUGUUGAAAGCGGAGAUUAUCGUUGGAGCUGCGAAUAGACUGUGGGAGAGACAGCAGCAAGUUGAGCUCGAAGCGGACAUUUGA